AUGGAAAAGAAAUGCAUGACGUGUUUGGCCGUAGAAAAUAGCAGUGGUAAUGAUUCAAAGAUGGAUUUACUGUGUUUUGAUGUUGCGCCUUCUGAGGAAGGGGUACCAAUUAGACCCUCCGCGCCUGUCCUUCCCGUUGAUAGUGAUGAUGAAUCAAGUGAUGAAAAGGAGGCAAUAGCCGGUGUAAAAGGAAUAACCGUAACCCCAAUAUCUCACCGAACUAGAAACAGAGAAAAAGAAAAGGAAGCGCAAAAGGGGGGAGGUUUAUCGAAUGUGAUAGCACCCCUGCGGCAGGCGGUAGGUGUUGGGGGGGAACCAGUCUAUGUAAAAGUCCCGUUUUCGCCGGGGGAUUUAGUGAUCUGGAAGCAGUCGGCUGGUCCUUAUCGGGAAAACCCAAAUAAGGUUGCAAAAGUGAUUAGGAUGAUAAUUAAGACGCAGAAUCCUGAUUGGGAUGAUUUACAAGUCAUUCUAGAUACAUUAAUGGAUUCUACAGAAAAGGAUAUGGUUAUACGGGCUGCAAGGGAUAAGGUGAGAGAAGAUAUCCGGAAUGGGAGAGUAGAGGGGAAUGUUGAUGAGAAUUUUCCAAAGGAAGAUCCCCGAUGGAAUUAUAAUACAGGAGGCGGGUUAUGCCAUCUCCGGAGGUAUCAGGAUUGGUUAUUGAUUGGUGUUCAAACUGCUAUGCCGAAGCAAAUGAAUUGGUCGAAAUUGUAUAAUGUAAGGCAGGAAAAGAAUGAGUCUCCCUCAGCCUUUUUAGAAAGAUUGAAAGAAGCUGCCAAAAGAUAUACGGAUUUAGACAUAGAAACGGAACAAGCAAAAAUUCAGUUGGCUCUAAUUUUCUUAGGGCAAUCUCAAGAUGACAUUCGAAAGAAGCUGCAGAAAUUAGAGGGUGCACAAUUAAGGGAUCUGGACGUAAUGUUAGGAGCAGCUUGGAAAGUUUAUAAUAAUAGAGAAAAGGAACAAUUGAGACGCCACCAGCAAAAUUUGUUGGCUUUGAUCCAGGGACAAGGCAGGGGAGUAGGGGUCCGGGGUAGGGGAGCUGGAAAUAGUCAAGGAGGUGGUCGGGGACGUGGUUCGUGGAGUGCCCAAGGAACUCCCCUGAGACCCCUCAUGAGGCUUGGCAUAAAUCAAUGUGCUUAUUGUAAGCAAGAAGGACACUGGAAAAAUGAAUGCCCGGCUAGGAGCCCCGUGGGUCAGAUGUCCGAUGCGACGGGAAAUGCGGGGGCAGUGGGUCACAAAGCUACAACAAUUGUUGGUGCCACAGGGAAGGAGGAAGUACGGCCAUUCCUGCAACCUUUGGAUUUGUGUUUUGGAGAAAAGGAGUUAACCCACGAGUUCUUAUAUGUUCCAGAUUGUCCAGUUUCUCUUUUAGGACGAGAUUUGCUGACCAAAUUAGAUGCCACAAUAACAUUUGAGGAUGGAAAUUUGGUAAUGAAAGUUCCGGAGUCAAAGUCAAAGGCAGCUAAACCUGUGAAAGUAGCGCUGAAGGAAGGUGCUGAACUGGUACGAUUAAGACAGUACCCAUUGAAAUUGGAAGCCAGAUUAGGAAUAGUAUCUUUAAUUGAGAAAUUUUUGAAAUAUGGAAUUCUAGAAGAAUGUGAAUCAGAAUACAAUACUCCAAUUUUUCCAGUAAAGAAACCUGAUGGUAGUUAUCGACUAGUCCAAGACUUACGAGCAAUAAACCAGAUCACUAAGGACAUACAUCCAGUAGCUGCAAAUCCGUAUAUCUUGUUAACAUCUGUGAAAGAGAAAUAUAAAUGGUUUACGGUACUUGAUUUAAAAGAUGCCUUCUUCUGCAUACCCCUUGACCAGGAAAGCAAAAAGCUAUUCACUUUCGAAUGGGAGAACCCACACAAGGGGAGAAAAGCCCAAUUAACCUGGACACGCCUUCCACAAGGAUUUAAGAAUAGUCCAACUAUCUUCGGAAAUCAACUAGCCAAAGAACUUGAGGAGUGGACUACGAGAGGCUAUAUCGGAAUUCCUCGACAAUGGUAUUUGUUGCUGCAAUAUGUGGAUGAUAUUCUGAUUGCUGCUGAGACCCAAGAACUUUGCAUUCAGGUAACAAUUGGAAUAUUGAAUCAAUUAGGAAUGAAUGGAUAUAAAGUGUCAAAAAAUAAAGCUCAGAUUGCAUCCACAACUGUGAUCUAUCUAGGAUGCGAGCUUUCUCAAGGACAGCGAAAACUAGGUAUAAACCGUGUACAUGCUAUCUGUGCAAUCUCAGAACCGCGUAACUUACAUGAAUUAAGAUCUUUUCUAGGAAUGACAGGAUGGUGCAGGCUCUGGAUCAUGGACUAUGGAAUUAUUGCCAAACCUUUAUACGAGGCACAGAAGAAUAAGACCUUGGUGUGGGAAAGACCACAACGAGAAGCUUUUCAGAAAUUGAAACAGGCUUUAAUGCAAGUGCCUGCUUUGGGCCUACCUGAUCUGAGCAAAGACUUUCAGUUAUUUGUACAUGAACGACAGAGACUUGCUCUAGGGGUAUUAACCCAACGGCUGGGAUCUUGGAAAAGGCCCGUAGGUUAUUUCUCUAAACAACUUGACCCGGUAAGUGCUGGAUGGCUGGCAUGCUUGCGGGCGGUGGCUGCUACCGUGAUAUUAAUUCAGGAAGUCCGGAAACUGACUAUGGGGAAAAGGAUCAAAGUGUUUGUAUCCCAUAUGGUGACUACUGUAUUGGAACAAAAGGGGGGCCAUUGGCUUUCCCCAAGUAGAAUGAUGAAAUAUCAGGCAAUUUUAACAGAGCAGGAUGAUGUUAUCCUAAAAACAACUAACCUAAUGAAUCCAGCUGUGUUUUUAAGCGCAGAGACUGAAGAAGAAAAUCUGGAACAUGAUUGUGUGGAGGUCAUUGAAUAUACCCACGCAAGUCGACCUGACCUGAAAGAUAUCCCAUUGGAGAAGACGGAUUGGGAGCUUUUUACUGACGGCAGUAGUUUUGUGGAAAGCGGAGUGCGUUAUGCAGGAUACGCGAUUACUACUGCCAAAACAGUAAUUGAAGCUAAAUCCCUACCACCAAACACAUCAGCACAGAAAGCUGAGUUGAUAGCCCUAACUAGGGCAUUAGAGCUCAGUGAGGACAAAAGGGUCAAUAUUUGGACUGACUCAAAAUAUGUGUUCGGGGUUGUUCAUGUACAUGGAGCUCUUUGGAAAGAGCUUGGACUACUCUCCUCCCAAGGAACAAACAUCAAGUACCAAAAAGAAAUAUUGAACCUGAUUAAUGCCGUUCAAAAGCCAUCACUAGUUGCCAUCAUGCACUGUAAAGCUCAUCAGAGUGGGACAUCGGAAAUUAUUGAAGGGAACCGACUUGCUGAUCAGACAGCCCGAUCAGUGGCACGACGAGUCUGGAUGAUGGUGGGUCUUGUCUCCCAAAAGGUAAGAGCAAUUGAUUUAUUACCUACACCUUCAGAGGCACCUGAAUAUUCUACAGAAGAUGAGAAAUUGGCAAGACUAGUAAAAGCCGUCAAGGAUAAUUCUGGAUGUUAUGUAACCACCAACGGACAAAUUGUGGUGCCAGUCACAAUUAUGAGAGGGAUACUUCAGGCGGAGCACCAGAAGUGUCAUUGGGGUGCAGAAGCAUUGGUAACUUAUCUAAGAAAACAAAUUAUCUCAGUCCAGAUGUUAACAACAGCAAAAUCUAUCACAGCUAAGUGUGAAAUUUGCUUGAGAAAUAAUCCUUUAGUUAAAAGGAAAGUAGAUAUGGGAAAAAUUAGGACAGGUGUACAACCAGGGGAUUGUUGGCAGAUAGAUUAUGUGGAACUCCCCAAAACUCGAGGAUUCAGAUAUCUGUUAGUUGGGGUAUGCACCUUUUCAGGAUGGCCAGAAGCCUUCCCUUGUCGCACCAACCAGGCACAAGAAACUGUAAAAUGGUUACUGAAGGAAAUAAUUCCUAGAUUUGGAGUACCAUUGGGAAUAUCAUCUGAUAGGGGACCGCAUUUUGUUGCUCAAGUGGUAAAGGAAGUCAGUAGAUGUUUGGGAAUUAAAUGGGAAUUACAUACCCCAUGGAGACCCCAGUCUAGUGGCCAGGUGGAGAAAAUGAAUCAGACGUUAAAACGACAACUUAGCAAAAUUUGCCAGGAAGCAAAAAUUCAAUGGCCCCAGGCCUUACCAAUAGCGUUAUUGCGAAUUAGGAUUAAACCUAGGAGUGGAAUGUCGGUAAGCCCAUACGAAAUUCUGUAUGGCAAACCAUAUGAAGCACCUGAUCCGAAUCCAAGUGUACAUGUAAAAGGUAAUCAGGAUGUGUACAAUUAUGUGUUGUCUCUCGGCAGGACAUUUAAUCGACUCAGAUCCGUAUUAGAGUGGAAUCACCCACUAGCACUUGAGAAUCCGGUACAUGAUAUAGAGCCUGGAGACACGGUGUAUAUAAAGACUUGGAGAGAAGAUCCUUUAAAAGAACGUUGGGACGGACCUUAUCAAGUACUUUUAACUACAUUUACCGCAAUCAAGGUUGCUGAAAUAGAUUCCUGGAUACAUUACACCCGAGUGAAGAAAGUCCCAAAACAGUGGCAAUCACGAUUAGUGGGUCCAACCACACUUAAAAUCACAACGCAGGAUGUCUAA